UCCUCGUUCGUGAUUGUGUACAAAAGACCUCAGAAGAUAGAUUUCAGGGAAAGAAGCGACUCACGGUUUGAAAUGGUCGACGAAGUUCAAAUGGAAUCGAAAAGCAUAAAUAGAGAAGCCGUCCUAAAAUCACUUGUUCUUAACAAUUCAACCACAGAUGGCCAGCCUAGGAAGAGGAAAAGACUUGACAAUUUGUCUGCCGAAGAGAGGGCUCUUCGAAGAAAACUGAAGAACCGGGUCGCAGCUCAAACUGCUCGCGACAGAAAGAAGGCACGAAUGACCGAACUUGAAGAACUGGUUGCUCAGUUAGAGAAAGAGAAUAAAACUCUUCGUUUGGAUAAUGAAAGUCUGAGAAAACACUCGGAAGCAGUAACAAUCGAAAACUCAGAGUUGAGAGUUCGACUGGGUCUUACUCCCCCUGUGUCACCAGCUCCAGUGUGUACAAAUUACCCAUCAACCCCAGAAGCCAGUCCAGACACCAAACACAAUCCAGUUGUGAUCAAGAAAGAAGCAGAAUAUAACGAGUAUGCAUCACUCUCAGUUUCUCAGCAGCAGGGACGCCUGAUUCUGUUUCUUUCUCUGAUCACGACUUGGAUGACGAUCAACAACAGCAUGACAUGGAUUUUGGCCUUUUUGAACUUGAUGGGGAAGGAGACUCACUCACAUUUAUUCAGCCCAAACAAGAAGCCACAGCAGCCCCAACCUGCUGUCAACAUGACACCAACACAGACUCAAAAGAGGAAGUGCAAAGCACAGAUGGCACAGUCCCAGAAUCAAGCUGCAGUGACAUAACAGUAGCAGACUUGGUUGGAAUGGACUGUGAGUCUUUGGACUCUUUGGAUGAUCUCUGGAACCUGAAAGAUUUCUCCAAAGAGUUCAAAGACCAAAAUGCAGAACCAGAAAUGUUAGGGUGUGAGAUGUGGGAGGAAACCUUCACAGAAGUACUGUUCCCAUCCCUUUUGGUUGUCUGAGCAUGUUAUGUUAAGUGAGACUGUUGAGGAGUAGAUAAGAAAAACAUAAUUGGCAUCCACUAUCAAUUUAUAAUAAGCUCUAGGUUGUUCCAACAAGCAGGCACAACAACUAGGUGCUUUUUGGGAGAGGAGUCAGAGGAAAAGCUGGCUUGAUCGAGUGGCCAAAAUCAAGGCCACUUUACACCAUGCCUACUGUGACAUGCUGACUUGAUAGAGUGGCCAAGUGGGGGUGAAAGUAAACAACUACUUGUCUUGCGAGAUGGUCAAAGAUCCAGCUGUAGAAAGAGCAACAGAAUUCUUCCAAAACACCUUUCAACCAUUAUAAGAAUUAGUAGGUCUUUCUCAGGGGAAACAAAAGUUUCCUUUGUAUUUACACUCUGAAUUUAGAUUACUUUUAUAAAUAUCGGAAUGUUGAUUUAGUAGAAGAGUGGUGUAAUAUUUGUAUGCAAAAUAACUUGGUAAGAUAUAAAUAGAAUUUGUAUAUAAAAUUAGAACACAGUUCUGUGAAGGUUUCCUGGUAGGUUACUAUUACUGUCAAAUAGUAGUAGUCUUGAACUGAGUCAUUAAAAAAGAAUUGGGUGA